AUGUCGUUCUCAACAGAUGGUGCAUUGAGUAUAGAUGUUUUCCAUAAAGGAGUGUUUGUUCCUAAGCCCUUGAUGUACUUCAAUCCUGAUAAGACUUCUAUCACAGAGGUAGACUUACGAAAUCUGGAGUUUAAGGACUUCAAAAUCUACAUCCGUAAUCUGACGAAGGGUAUGUGUCAUGAUAUGUACUACUGUCUUCCAAAUCGGGCCUUAGUAGAUGGGUUGAGGGAGCUGAGAGAUGAAGAUGAUUAUGUAAGGUUUCUUGAUGCUGGAUAUAAAAAUGGGAGAAGAAUCAGUAUCUACAUUGAUCACGACCAUGAGCCACUUAUGCAAUGGAUUGAAGAAGAGAUAGCCGAAGAUGGAGUGUACGGUGAUAGUGAUCCAUCUUCUGAUGAUGUGGACUCGGUGAUGUCAGAUGAUAUAUCGGUAGACCAUGAAGUUGAUGAUGAGGUUAUAGAAAUUCCUAAAUCUGUUGAUCCGUUUUUAUCCAAGAAAAAUCUUAUUCCAAAAGGAGGGGUAGAUGAGGAAGUUGAUGAUGAGGUCCACCACUUUCCUAUUCAUGAUCCCGACCAGAAGUGGGACACAAUGGUACCUGUAUUAGGCAUGAGAUUCUCUGACAGAUAUGAACUCAAGCAAAUGAUAACAAAUUAUGCUGUCUUUAAAGGAGGUGAGCUAUUAGCAGCUAUUGGUAGGGACUCCAACAACCAAAUGUACCCGUUGGCAUGGGCAGUAGUGUCAGUAGAAAACAAGGAAACUUGGAAAUGGUUCUUAGAUCUGCUACUUGAGGACAUUGGGAUGGGAGAUGGCAGAGGUCUUACCAUUAUUUCUGACCAGCAUAAGGGUUUGGUAGAAGCUGUUAAAGAAAGAGCACCAGCAUGUGAGCAUAGGCAAUGUGCUAGACACGUCUAUGCUAACUUUAAGAAGAAAUACACAGGUGUUGAGUUUAGGAAGUUAUUCUGGAGAGCUGCAAAGUCCACAACCGAGUCAGCUUUCCGAUCUUAUAUGAGGGAAAUCAAUGCGAUGUCCACACAUGCUUAUGAUCACCUAAUGGAAAGAGACCCAAAGACAUGGUGCAAGGCAUUUUUUGAGCUUGAUAGGUGUUGUGAUGCUAUGGAAAAUGGAAUAUCAGAAUCUUUUAAUGCAGCAAUUGUAGAGGCCAGGAAAAAACCUAUUAUAUCAAUGUUGGAAGAAGUCAGAGUGUACGUGAUGGAGAGGAUGUACAAACAAAAAGGGAAGGGGGAAAAAUGGAACUUGGAUAUAUGUCCUUCCAUUAGAAGGAGGAUUGAGACAUUUAAAGAACAACAGAGGUAUUGGGAUGUUACUCCAAGUGGUCCACAGAUAUAUGAAGUGAGACAAUUACAUGAGGUUUAUGCAGUUGACUUGGACCAAAGAACCUGUGGGUGCAGAGCAUGGCAGUUGACUGGUAUACCAUGUGUACAUGGUAUUGCUGCAAUCUUCUUUUUGAAUGGGAAUGCAGAGGAGUAUGUUGCCGUUUGGUUCACAACGAAUAUGUUUGGAAGUUGCUAUAGAUAUAACGUGAAACCAACUAAUGGAGCUGACAUGUGGCCGGAAACAGGUCUUCAAAGCAUCUUGCCACCAAGGCAUAGGAGAAUGCCCGGGAGACCAAAAGUGAACAGAAAGAAAUGCCGUACAGAAAAAGAAGGAAAACAUACUGUUAGCAAGAAGGGGGGCAUUCCAAAAUGUGGUAAUUGUCAUCAAGAAGGUCACAACAGGAGACGAUGUCCAUUGCUGAAACAAGAUGAACAACUACCUGAGGAGGUUGGGUCUGAAGAAGUAGUGGUUGCUGAGGAGGUUGGGGCUGAAGAAGAAGUGGUUGCUGAGGAGGUUAGGGCUGAAGAAGAAGUCGCUGCCGAGGAGGUUGGGGUUGAAGAACAAGUGGCUGCUGAGGAGGUUGGGGUUGAAGAAGAAGUGGUUGUUGAGGAAGUUGUUGAACAAAUGGUGGAUGAUGAGCAACCAAAUGAGGAGCAAGCAGCUGAACAUGUAGUUGCUCAACAUGUACAAGUUGUUGCUAAAAAGUGUAAUAGGAGAAAGGGUGGUCCUUCUCAGAGGAUCACAAAGCUUAAGUUGAUGAGAAAGGUGGUUACAAAAGAUGGAAGUGGGUCAAGUAUUGAUAAUCCAGUCACCUUAAUCUAG